AUGUCAGAGGCUCAGGCGAAAAAGAGCAAAAUCACGAACGAGAAGCUUGGUGAACAAUACAGGGAUAAGGCUUUCUCUCCUCCCACUCACUACACUCUCGCAGAAGCUGUCAAAUUUGCCAAAAUUCGAAAGAGGAUGUUCGCGAAGCGAGAGCAAUCUCGAUCAGACACAACCAAAGACCCCGAGGACACAACCAAAGCCCCCAAGGACACAACCAAAGCCCCCAAGGACGAGGAAGACGACAGCAUUUACGCGAAUGACGCCGAUCUCCUCCGAGACCUACUGCCAACUGCGGUGGAACAAGAGAAGUUCUGGUUAUGGGUACACACGGAGGACAAGUUGGCCCGAACAAUGCCUGAAGCCAGAGGGGCCAAGAAAUACUUCAACGCUCUCGCCCACACUGAUUAUUCCAACGAGUCAUCUCUGAGAAAACUAUUCGCAGUGCUCAAAGCAUACGCCUAUCCUUACAUACCCGCCGGGUCUCACAACGGUUACCGCUAUCGCAUCAACCCGUCCCUGACCACACUAGGACCCGAUGACGACCAAAUCGACUUUGAUGACCCAUGCGACUUUGCCGCCGAGCCUAUCAUUGCCGUAAAUCUGGUGGGAAAACAGAUUAGAUGCGAGGACGAAAGAGAGGACCGCAGCACUCUGGGAAAUGACAGCACUGGAUUCGUAUGCUUCCAAAUAGGAAAGCUCCUUGCAGCCGAAGAGGAAUACUGGUCAGACAACGGCAAACUAUCCAAGGACCAGGACGCCCCAUGGACACCGACAGACUGGGUCAUGGUCGUCGUUAUCGAUGCCGACAACACGGCCGGCGCUGUUUGGCUGCUACAGAACUUCGAGCCGACCAUCGAGAACACGUCUGAUCAGUACAUGAUCGACGAGGCGGAUCCCUACCGAUGGGGUUACUUCGAGGGCGAGUUACAGAAGAGUCCCCGGCCAAUGCAAUGUGGUGGUGUGAAGAUCGCGCACAAGAUCACUGACCUCUCCAAGACUUUUCAGUGGACCCAGGAUGAGUAUAUUUUGGGCAAGUACGACAUCUUGCAGGCAGUACUAGUGGAGCGUCACGGGGAUGGGGCGCCUUUCAUCGUCAGACAAAUACCGGCUAGGCCACCAUUCAACCCCCCUAGGCCAUACAACCCCUUCCGGCUAAGCCGAGCCAAACAACCCCUACCGGCUAAGGCAGACGACUCGACGCCGGAUGUCUCGGGGCUGAGCAUUUGA